AUGGACAGUCCAUCGACGAGGGACACUGGAGGUCAGUUUGCACCAACACCUGCACCAAACAACACCGCACCCAACACCACAAAAACUAGGACCCAAUCAAAGGUCAACCAGUGCAGAGUAGGAGGUUUCUGGUUAGGGUUUUGGUCGAGCUUGCGUCUGUUUGCUGUUGCGAUUGCGGAGAGUCACUGUUCUCUGCCCGUGAUCUCCCACCAUCUGAUCAAAGAUGGAAUGGUGGGAUACUCCUUCUCCUCAACUACCUGA